AUGGCUUCGCAUGAGGUAGCGGAAGGGGCUCCCGUGCGCCUUAGGCGGUAAGCGGAAGUGACGCUCAAGGCAGAAGCCCGGCCCAGGGAACCCGGGCUGCAGGGCGGUCCGUGUAUGGUUGAGAUGGGACCGCUCCAGCGGUGGGUACCUCUGCCGCCGCUGCUGCUUCUGCUGCUACUCAUGGCUCCUGGGACCGAGCCAUUCGAGCCGAUCAGCGUGGGCAUCGCCAUCGGGGCCGCUUCGGUCCUCACCGGUUAUUUCUCCUACCCGGACCUCUACUGUCGCUUCGUGGAAUGCUGCCGCGAGGAGCAGCCGCUCAACGCCUCCGCACUGAAGUUAGACUUAGAAGAGAAGCUGUUUGGACAGCACUUGGCUAGAGAAGUGAUUCUCAAAGCAUUGACUGGCUUCAGGAACAACAAGAAUCCCAAGAAACCAUUGACUCUCUCUUUACAUGGCUGGGCUGGCACGGGCAAGAACUUUGUCAGUCAGAUUGUGGCUAAAAACCUUCAUCCAGAAGGACUCAAGAGUAACUUCGUCCACCUCUUUGUUUCUACUCUGCACUUCCCUCAUGAACAGAAGAUUAAACUGUAUCAGGAGCAGCUGCAGAAGUGGAUUCGGGGCAAUGUGAGUUCAUGUGCAAGAUCUGUUUUCAUAUUUGAUGAAAUGGAUAAAUUGCACCGCGGGCUCAUUGAUGCCAUCAAGCCAUUUUUAGACUACUAUGAGCAAGUAGAUGGGAUCUCUUAUCGGAAAGCCAUCUUUAUCUUCCUCAGCAAUGCAGGAGGUGAUCUCAUAACCAGAAUGGCCCUUGAUUUUUGGAAGGCAGGGAAAAAAAGAGAAGACAUUCAGCUCAAAGACUUGGAGCCUGUGCUAUCUCUAGGAGUCUUCAAUAAUAAAAACAGUGGCUUGUGGCACAGUGGCCUGAUAGACAGAAGCCUUAUUGAUUACUUUGUUCCAUUUCUGCCUUUGGAGUACAAGCAUGUGAAAAUGUGUGUGAGAGCAGAAAUGAAAUCAAGGGGUUUUACUAUAGAUGAAGAAAUUGUCACAAGAGUAGCAGAUGAAAUGACAUUUUUCCCAAAAGAAGAGAAAAUCUACUCUGAUAAGGGCUGCAAGACAGUGCAGACAAGGCUAGAUUUUCACUGAGC